AUGAAUUUGAAUAUUGAUCGGAGAACAGGUUUCCUAAAGGGCUAUGCGCUGGUAGAGUAUGAAACACAGAAAGAAGCUCUGGCUGCAAUUGAGGGCUUGAAUGGAUCGGAAUUACUGGGCCAAACGAUCAGUGUCAGUUGGUGUUUCGUGCGAGGUCAUGGUCAGAAGAGAAGACGACGAUGA